AUGAAGUUCCAGCUCAAGACGAUCCACCGCCGGUACUACACGCCCGAAGAAGUCGGCAUCCACAAGUGCGCCGACGACUGCUGGCUCGUCGUCUUUGGGCGCGUCCUCGAUGUCACGGCGCUCAUCGCAGCGCACCGUGGCAAGCUCACGCAGCCGCUCGUGCAGCACGCUGGCGAAGACAUUACGCACUGGUUCGACGCCGUCACGCGCGAGGUCAAGACGCACAUCGAUCCCGACCGCAACAUUCGCUUGCCGUUUUUGCCCUACGGACGCUUUCUCGACGUGCCACCCCCCGAGCCUGUGACCGAUUGGAAUACGCUCGAGCUCCAGCCGUGGUGGACGGACGAUGCGCAUUGCAUUGGGCUCAUGACCGAAAAAGUGCGCUCGAUCCAAGUCGUCAACACGCUGACGCACCAGAGUCACUCGAUUCAGGUGUGUUCGGAAGAGACACUCUACGAAAUCCAAAAGCGGUACAUUGACCUGCAGUUCAAUGCCCAUGCCGGCAGCUACACGUGGAAGUACUUGGACGGCCACGAGUUUCUUCCGCUCGACAUGGACAAGACGCUGACGCAAAACGGCAUCCUCGACGAAGCGGCCGAGUUUGAAAAGCUCCAUCUCGACGCCGACGACUACCAGCCGAUUGUGCACAUUUACUACAACGACGACCUGACGAUUCUCUAG